AUGUAUACCCAGUCUUUACUUUCAUAUUCCAUAAGUUAUCCGUCCAAGUCAUCGGUGCCUUCUGCUCCGAUUGUGCUCCCACCAUUGCAUUCGUCUUUUGCACCAAAGGCUCGUCGCGAUGUGCUACACCCUCCCACUUCCUUAUGCAACUCAUACGGAGUCAUCUCCACCCAACAGUCUUUGGUUGGUCUGCUCUUACCUUCGCCUUUUGAAAGUAAACACCAGCAUAACCAUCACGAGUUAACCGAAAAGAACUUGGUUAGCAACAACUACUGCACAGGAAUUCCAUCCCCUCCAAAAUCCGUAUCAUCCGUCGGCUCAGUCUCCCCAGUGGUUCUGCCUUCGAUUCUGAAACUGUACCCAUCCCAACUUGAUCUUCAAGAAACUUCUCCAUAUUCUCCUUCAGUACAGCAGGCUGUAUCUCCACAAAAAAAGAGAAGACAACGCUCAGGGCCAUCAUGCGAUUCGUGCAGACAAAGGAAAGUCAAGUGUAACGCCGAAAUUAACAUCCUUAGUACCGAUGACUCUGAAUUCGAGCACCACUACACCCAGUUUAACCUUUCUGCAUCUGAAACUUCGAGUUUACUCGCUGGUUCUCCAGUGACUCUCAGUGAACUGAAUCAGCUUAUCAUUCAAAAUCAAAAAUUGGUAAAAUUUAAAUCGUGCAGAUCAUGUGAAAACAAGCAGUUACCAUGCUGUUUCUCCAAGGGUUUCACCAAAGAAGACAUUAUCUACUUGUCGAAGAAAUCCGACAACAACAACUCGUCAUUCAAAAUCUCAAAAUCUAAUUCUUCAUCUUCGUCUAAUAACUCAACUUCCGGCUCUUCGCCAUCACAGCCACUUGCAUCUUCAUUUCCCGCCGCCACUGCGUCUGCCAUAAUAAAAUCCAUAGACUCUGGUAAGAUUUCGACUCCUAGUCGUAAGUUGUCUGCUAGCAAGAAACUGGGCAGCGGUAAAGAAGAUUCUCCAACUAGAAAAUCUUCCUGCAACCUUUGCAGACAAAGAAAGGUUAAGUGUAUUUUCAAUGAAGAGUUGGGUAAAUGUGAAGGCUGUAAUAGAAAGAACAGACCAUGUUCUUUUGAUUGUUAA